UGCGGGCGCUGGUUUGGAACUUGCACCAGCGACAGGUCAGGGAGCAGUGACCCCUCCUCCUCAGCCCGAGGAUGCCUCUCUUCGGGAGCACGUUCAGUCCGAAGAAGACGCCCCCCCGGAAGUCAGCCUCGCUCUCCAACCUGCACAACCUGGACCGGUCCACCCGCGAAGUGGAGCUGGGCCUCGACUACGGAACCCCCACGAUGAACCUGGCGGGGCAGAGCCUGAAGUUUGAGAACGGCCGCUGGGUAGCAGAGGCCCGGCUGAGUGGCGGGGUGGACCAGAGGGAGGCCCAGCGCCUCCGCAGGCGGAACCAGCAGCUGGAGGAGAACAACCUCCUGCAGGUGAAGGUGGAGGUCCUGAUGGACAUGUUCUCCGAGACCACGGCCGAGUUCCAGAUAAUGAAGAAGGAACUGGAAGAGCUGAAGAGUGUCAACCGGAGAAGGAAAUGAAGACCUCACGACUCUGGUUCACUCUCAUUGGACAGACUCUUGGAGAAGCAGGUGGAAUUCAUCCGAGCCUCCCCUCCUGUCGGUGUUCGGGAUGUAGCUCAGUUCUGAAGAGCCCUGCACUCUGCCCUCAGGCCGCUCUCUCUGUGCGUUAGAGUGUUUCUCCCCAGAUCCACACCCUCUGGCUUCAGUCUCAGCAGCAAUCACCAGUCUUCUAUGCAACACUAUAUUUUUGUGCGACUUUCUUGUUUAUACUACUCCCCCUUGUUUUUCAAUAAAGAUUUAAAAAAAAAU